AUGGUCUACAACAAUGAAAUCGUGGGGAAGGGAAGAAAUGAAGUGAAUCAAACCAAAAAUGCUACUCGACAUGCAGAAAUGGUGGCCAUUGAUCAAGUCCUAGACUGGUGUCAACGAAAUGGCCAGAGUCCUUCUGCCGUGUUUGAACCUACCUUGUUGUAUGUCACUGUGGAACCCUGCAUUAUGUGUGCAGCUGCUCUCCGCCUGAUGAAAAUCCCGCUGGUCGUCUAUGGCUGUCAGAAUGAACGAUUUGGUGGCUGUGGCUCCGUUCUAAAUGUUGCCUCUGCUGACUUACCAAAUACGGGAAAACCAUUUCAGCGCAUCCCUGGAUAUCGGGCUGAGGAAGCUGUGGAACUGUUAAAGGCCUUCUACAAGCAAGAAAAUCCUAAUGCACCAAAAUCAAAAGUUCGGAAGAAGGAAUUUCAGAAAUCCUGA